CUUGCUUUAAUACCCGCCAUGGAGAGACUCCACAGCACACAUGCCCUUGAACAGCCAAGUAUCUCUCUCUCUCUCUUAGAAUGUGAAGGAGCAGUUAGCGAAGGAAAAAUUGGAGAAUGCCGGAGCUGGUGUACCAAGAGCAGAGCUCGUCGAGAUCAGGUUUUAGAGCUCGAGAUGCAAGUCCUGACUCUGUAAUUUUCACUCUAGAGUCCAACUUCAGUCUCUUCUCUUCUGCUUCUGCUAGCGUCGAUCGCUGCUCUUUUGCUUCCGAUGCUCAUGAUCAUGACUCUCUCGCCUCUGAAAUCUCUCUGCAUUUGGCAGCUGGUCAUGAUCAACAAGAGAACUCUUCGAGUGGUCCAGAUCGAAACAACAGCAAGCAGAAGCAGCAGCAGCAGCACACUCACACCCGUCUCUCCCGAAAAGCAGAAAAAGUUAAAGCUGUUAAAAAAGAAGACAACAGAAUUAGUUCUGUAGAAGACGAUAUUCAUCUCCUGGAUUCUGCAAGAAGCUCCUUUUCUCUCGCUCUCAAAGAGUGUCAGGAGAGGAGAUCGAGAUCUGAAGCGAUCACAAAGAAACCAGACAGGCGGAGGCCUGCGUCACUAGAUCUUAACAAUGUGGUCACAUCUUCUUCGCCGAGAUUGGGUAACAUGAAGAAGAGUAUAGCUUGUUCAUCUCGAAAAUCUGGUACAUUUCCGAGUCCUGGGACCCCAAAUUACCUUAAUCAGUAUCAUUCUAGUGUUGGAAUGCAGAAGGGUUGGAGUUCAGAGAGAGUGCCGUUGCCAAAUAAUAGUAAUAGGCGGCAAGUGAUGAAUGCUACAGGAGCUGCUGUUUUGCCUUAUAAUAAUAAUGGAAGGACAUUGCCGUCCAAAUGGGAGGAUGCUGAGAGGUGGAUAUUUAGUCCUGUUUCGGGAGAUGGGGUUGUUAGGAGUUCGAUUCAGCCUGCACAGAGGAGGCCUAAGUCAAAGAGUGGACCCCUUGGACCACCGGGAGUUGCGUGUUAUUCCUUGUAUUCGCCUGGGAUGCAGGUGUUUGAUGGAGGGAAUGCGGGGAAUUUUGUUGCUGGUUCUCCAUUUUCAGCUGGUGUUAUUGCUGCUGAUGGGUUGGGUAUGAGGUCACAUGGGAGCCAUGGUGUGUCAUUUCCCAUGCGGACAGAGCCUUGUAUGGCUCGUUCGGUUAGUGUGCAUGGUUGUUCUGAGAUGGUAGCUCAGUCUUCGUUGCCAUCACAAGAUGAAAAGCUUGAUGGUGUCAAGGAUGCUGCAACUGAUAUCUCCCGUGUUGUUUCAAGAAGGGACAUGGCCACCCAAAUGAGCCCUGUAGGUAGUAAUCAUUCAUCUCCCACCAGGAAGCCAUCAUUCUCCACCUCCACCCCUUCUGUCCUACCUAUUGUGGAGCUGCAGAGCGUACCUUCCUCUAGAUCUGAGACGAGGGAUGUACAGGUGGAUGAGAGGGUUACUGUCACAAGGUGGUCUAAGAAACACAGAGCCCGUAACCAUGGAAAAAGUUCCCAAGUUGUUGAUGACUGGAGAAAGAAAGCUGCUGAUACUCUUUCAUCAGGUUGGGAUGUUUCAGAGGCUGGAAAGAGCAUUUCAAAGGUCAAAAGAGAGGAAGCCAAAAUCACAGCAUGGGAGAACCUGCAGAAGGCAAAAGCUGAGGCAGAAAUAAGGAAACUUGAGAUGAAGCUUGAGAAAAAGAGAUCGUCAUCUAUGGAUAGAAUUAUGAAUAAGCUGAGAUCAGCUCAAAAGAGAGCCCAGGAAAUGAGGAGCUCGGUGCUAGCAAAACAGGCACAUCAAGUUUCCACGAACUCUCACAAAGUUAUAUCAUUCCGCAGAACCCGUCAGAAGGGUUCCCUGAGUGGUUGUUUCACUUGCCAUGCUUUCUGAUAUCUCAUCCAGCCACAUGUUGGUACACUUUGAUAGAUAUAAUACCUGGUUCAUUAUAUCACAGCCCAGGUCAAAUUGCAGGAAAAACUGCAGCAGAAUAUGGAAGCGUAUAGGAGGGAAACCACCAUUGACACUAUUUUGGUGUCAAUGGAGUUGAGUUGGGGCGUGAAGAACAAUUAUUACUGUUAAGAUUUCAGACGGGACACAAACCCUGGAUGUGACAUUCCUGGUAUCAAAAUCUCCAGGAAGUUUGACUGCUAAACCUUGUAUGCAUGUAUGUAUGUGUAUAUAUCAACGAUUAUUAUUAUUA